AUGCUGCAGCGCCUCUUUGAGUCUCUACGGGAUGAAGAAGCGCAGUUGGAGCUAGAAGAUCAAGAGCAAGAUGACCAUGACAAUGACAAUGCUACUAGUAGACCCACGGCCGACUUGGCAGAGACCGUGUUGCUAGAUGCCUCGGAAGAAGACUAUGACGCACACAUGACCCCGUUCUUUGCCUCGCGUGGAAACACUAUCAGAACCACUCCCACACCACCAACUCAUGAUAUGCAGCAAGGAGGAGACACUACUAGUAGCUCAGUCAGUACUAGUAGUACCGGUACCAUGGAAAUGGAACUGCAGCUUCAAAUGCAAAUGGAACAAGCGAGUCUGGCACGCAGUGUGGACAGCCAGCAGUAUGAGUACCGUCUGCCCAAUGGCAAUGGCAAUCAGGGCAAUGCAGACCUGUUGGGGAGCAAAAGGUACAGCUAUACUCCAAAUCCAUUGUUGCAGGAUCCAGCCCUUGAUCAGCAUUUAAGGGACUCGGCAAGGUCAUUCUCCAUGCUACACGCCAUGGAAGAGGAAGUAUCUCUCACAUCCGAUCUAUCCGUGUCCAUGCGAUCCACACCCUCACAACAAAUACCAGAUGAUUCACUCCGAUCCACAAACACAAACAACAGCACCAACCAAGAUCAGACACUGCCUCCGCCUCCUCCUCUCCAAGUUGCUCGAGAACUCGUGGUCGUGCCCCCAGUUCCAAAACCAAUGACAAUGUCCACUAGUAGUGAAACAAAACAACGAUCUGUUCGAUUCGCUCCAUUGGAGGUCGUACUCGACUCGCCCCAUACCACGCCAACAGACAGUGAUACAACAACAUCCGAUGACGACGACGAUGAAACGACGGUGCGCAGUGGUGCUGUUGGAAAACGAGAGCCGGUCUUAACUGAUCAGGAGAAUCACGACGAAGAGCUCGGUAAUACCAAUGGAUGGGACACUGUCGGAGAGUUUGGGCUGUCGGAUGCAUUGCAAUCAUUCCAAUGCCAGCCCGUCAACUCCGUGGACGUGGACGAUUUCGAGCAAGAGGCAGAAGAGAUGAACAGUGAAGAACCACUCGACAAUGCUCUUCUUGUACUAACCAAUGAGGAUGAUGGGGACAACUUGUUUGACCAAGUUCAAGAAGCUGUACCACUCGACACUUCUCUAGUGACCAAUGAUGGUGAUAGCUGCGCAAAUGAUGAUGAUGAUGAUGACGGCGUUCUUGACAAGAAGCUAGACAUGAGUGAUGCCACACACACAACGUUCCUCCUGGAAGACGAUGAUGAUGAUGAUGCAGAACAAGAUAUGGAAGACGAACAAACCGAGACCAAUAACGAUGACAGCGAGUGGGAAGAUGAACCGGAAGACGAGGAGGAGGGGCAAGUGACGGAUACUACUACAAUGCGAGAGAGACUCAUGGCGCUCUUCCCAUGGCUUCGAAAACGAGGAUUCGUUCUGGAUGAUGAUGCUUCGUUGGAAUCGUCUCGUCUGAGAGAUGAAGAAGUGGUCGUGCGACCUCCUGCCGACGUCAAUAGCAUCAGCGCUAGUAAGGACAUGACUCUUCUUCCCAUGCAUGGAGCCACUGCUGACACUUGGACAGACGACAGAAACGAAACAUCCAGGGAUGAGCUUGCCAUGAAGAGCUGCUGCAGGCUCACCUUUUGCCAAAUGUUGGUCGUGGCAUUUGUCAUUGCCGUCGCUACGACCGUCACGACUCUUCUUUGGGAAACAAGGAGAUCAUCACCCAGCUCACAAGGUGCAAAACCUUUGCAUCCUCCCUUGUCGGCAACGGAUAUGUGUAACAGCGAUGUGGACGAGAUCAAGGAAGGAAAGCUUGACCUGACGAUUACGAACGUGCCAUUUGAUCAGGUGUACGCCAAGCAACGAGAACUAGAGACGCUCUUUCAAAUGGCAUACAACGACGCCAGUGGCAUGUGCGAAGGACCCUACGACCGGGUCCUACAGGGAGCAUUUAUUAGAGACAUUGCCAGUGAUGGGUCAUCUAUGAUUCAAAUUGGUUGGGCCGCCAUGGCGAGCUGUAAUGGAUGUCCUGACUAUGAACCUUUGUUUGCACGAGAAUUUGGUGUUGACGGUCGUCAAUUCCUUCUCAAGUUCUAUGAUUUCUUCAACCGAUACUUGCCCGGUAUUCUGGAUGCCCCGGAGAGCCAGAUUGUGUUCAUGGCUUCCAUCACGAUCGACAACGGUGAAGCGGAUCAAGUGAUAGAUUUCCUUCCACGACAGACACAAGUUCCUUCACCUGUGACACCUUCCGUUCCCUCGGCACUGCCAACACCCGUGUUCUCAUCGCAUCCCACGGAAACGCCAUUCGUUGCUUCACCUUCCAGUGUUCCAACAGGGAAUCCCUCGUCACUGCCAACACUGUCUCCAUCCAGUUCCCCCACCGAAGCAAAGCGACAAGCUAUCUUUGACAUCGUCCCGGUAUCUCCGACUUCCAGUCCAACAGCAGAGAAUAGCGUGGGAACUAUCACCAAUCUUGCUCUCUGGGACCUUUCCAGGAAUGCCGUUGUGGAAGGCUACGAAAAUCUUCAAGAUGGCUUUGUCUUGCAGAGAUCACUUCUUCCUACAUCAUUCACAUUCAUGGCGGAAACUUCUUCCGAGGAGACUGAUGGUGUGCAUUUCCGGAUUUACGGGGACGACAAGGUGAAGAUUAUGCACGCGGCGGUCGAAAAGCCAUACACCUUUAGCAUCGACCCUUCGCUCGGCGCCCGCUGGAAUUUUGACCCAUCGGAAACAACAUAUCUGGUCGAGGCACGGUCUUUCGUCUAUGAUUGGGAUGAAGGACUGCCUAUUGUUGGGUCUAGGCGGAUUCUGGAGUUUCAUAUUACCGAAUAG